AUGGCCUCCGGCUUCAGCCCCCGAGAGUGCGCGCUGUCUAAGCAGGACGGGCAGAGCUACGGCUUCUUCCUGCGGAUCGAGAAGGACACGGCCGGCCACCUGGUGCGGGUGGUGGAGAAGGGCAGCCCGGCGGAGCGGGCAGGGCUGCGGGACGGGGACCGCGUUCUCCGCAUCAACGGUGUCUUCGUGGACGGCGAGGAGCACAAGCAGGUGGUGGAUCUGGUCCGGAACAGUGGGAAUUCGGUGACUUUCCUGGUUCUGGAUGGGGAUUCCUACGAGAAGGCCGUGGAGGAAAAGGUGGACCUGAAAGAACUGGGCCAGCAUCCGAAGGGGCCGAGCCUGAACGAUAAGAAGCUGCCCCCUGUGAUGAACGGAGGCGCCCAGGCCUGGGCCCCGCCGCGGCUCUGCUACCUGGCCAGGGAGGGGAACAGCUUCGGCUUCUCUCUGAAGACCGUCCAAGGAACGAAGGGGGUGUACAUGACCGACAUCGCGCCGCAGGGCGUGGCCAUGAGGGCGGGGGUCCUGCAGGACGACCGCCUGAUCGAGGUGAACGGGGAGAACGUGGAGGAGGCCACCCACGAGGAGGUGGUGGAGAAGGUGAGGAAGUCAGGAAGCCGAGUAGCGUUCCUGCUGGUGGACAAGGACACAGACCGGCACCACAGGGAGCAGAGCAUCCCCGUGCAGAGAGAAGCAGCCAGCUUCCAAUCACUGCCCCGCCAGCCCCGGCUGGUGGAGAUGAGAAAGGGCAGCAAUGGCUACGGCUUCUACCUGCGGGCGGGCCCGGAGCAGAGAGGUCAAUUCAUCAAAGACAUAGAUUCUGGAAGUCCGGCAGAGGCGGCUGGCUUGAAGGCCAAUGACCUGGUCAUUGCUGUCAACGGCGAGUCCGUGGAAUCCCUCGGUCAUGACAGUGUGGUGGAAAUGAUCAGGAAGAGUGGAGACCAGACUUCACUGCUGGUGGUAGACAAAGAGACGGAUAGCAUAUACAGACUGGCUCAUUUUUCUCCAUUUCUCUAUUAUCAAAAUCAACACCUGCCUAACGGUUCUGUCACGGAGGCCCCGGUUCCUGCACCUGCGGCCAGCUCCAGGCCAGAUCAUAAGCCUAGACUGUGCAGGCUGGUGAAAGGUGACGACGGCUAUGGCUUCCACUUAAAUGCAAUUCGGGGGCGGCCGGGCCCAUAUGUCAAAGAGGUGCAGGAGGGCAGCCCUGCCCAGCUGGCGGGGCUGGAGGACGAGGACGUCAUCGUUGAGGUGAACGGGGUGAAUGUGCUGGACGAACUCUACGAGAAGGUGGUGGACAGAGUCCAGAGCAGCGGGAACAGCGUCACGCUCUUAGUCUGCGGGAAGAAGGCCUACGAGUACUUCCAGGCGAAGAAGGUCCCCAUUGUUUCCUCCAUGGCCGACCCCCUGGAUGUGCCUCCCGAUCCCAGAGAAGCAGCUCGGGCGGAGUCAGAGGUGGACUCACACGUGGCAAAAGAACGAGCCCUCAGCACAGCCUCGCAGUCCUCCACCACCUCUGAGGACACCAGGAUGUGA